AUGCGCACCACCACCGUGCUCGCCUCCAUCGCCACCCUCCUCCUCCUCGCCCACCGCGCCCAAGCCUUCGACAUCUACCUAAUGAAAAGCUCUGACUGUCCAGAAGAGGAAGACAUCGACGUCGUCUGCGAAGACACGGACGUCGGCCGCUGCUGCAACGGCCACGUCGGCGUCCUCUACAGCUCGGCCACGGCCACCGACGACAAGGAGGGCGUCGUGCUGUACGCGCUGAACCAGGGCCAGCCCGCGGACUCGCCCAACCGCUGCGGCCUGCAGAUCGCGAGGGACGACGCCUGCGCCACGGUCGACAUCCCCAUGGGCUCGGCCGCCGGUGUUCUCGGCAGGUCGGAGGAGGAGGAGGAGGAGGAAGACGACAGCAGCGAAUCUGAGCGCCGUCGUCGACAUGCCCGGGACGUCACGCCCUCGAAGGAUGCCACGCCCGAGAAAGAGGAGGAGGAGGCCGCGCCGAAGAAGGAGACUUGGAUCGAGAAGAACAAGAAGGUCAAGCGCGAUGCUUCGGGCUGGAUCCAGCAGCAGUUCACGUCGUAUGCUGUUCGCAGCAAGACGCACAUUUACAAGUUGUCGCGCGACUCGGAGCACGCGCCUGCUUUUGAGGCCUUGACGGAACGUCAGGAGCGUGUUGACUUUGUUAAGCGACAUGGUGUAGCUCAGCGCCGUUGA